ACAUUCUCGCGAUGAAAUAACUGCUGUGCAGUUCAGGGGCAGGGGCCUGACGCUGGAAUGCGAAACUACAAGUUAUUUUGCCGAAACGAAAACAUUGGUAAACAUCGCCUCAUUAUUCCAGAAUCAUCACUGCUCUGCUCGGGAGUCAGCUAUGGAUCUCAGCGCGGGGGAGACUCUUAACACUUUGGAUGAGCCGAGGUUGGUUAUUUGAGCAUUUGCAGCUUUGGGCGCUUGACACUCUAUGUUGGCUCAAAGGAUGGCGCAGGGAGGCUCUCAGAUCGACUACCACAUGCUGCAGGACCUCAAGCAGCGAUUCCCAGAGAUCCCUGAGGUGGUAGUGUCUCAGUACCUUAUGCAGAACAACAAUAAUCUGGAUCUUUGCUACCGCCUGCUGGCUCAGGAGAGUAACAGAUAUUUGUAUGAAGAGUUUCAUCAGAGUCCAGAGGAGCUGCGACUGAGCCAGAACCACAUGCUGCACAUCACCCCGGGCUACCCAGGUCCAGAGGCAAACCAAUCCAAUGGAGGGAGAGCUGGAUUGGGACGCUUAUUAGUGCACAGCACCAGUGACAGUCACAUCGAUCCUCAGCGACCCAGCUACCCUGAACCACUCUCAGCUCCCGCCACUAUGGCUCCCUCACCUGGUUAUAAUCCAUUUUUUAUAAAUGAUCAGAGCCGUUCGGCCAGCACGCCCACCCCUCCUCCUACAAUUCAAGGCAUGUCCCCCACAUACACCCCACGAUAUACUAUGAACCCUAUAACGGUCACCCUUUCGCAAAGUAUACCUAAUGUUCCACAGGCUCUGCAGAUUCCUCCAGGGCACUAUGCUAACAACACCAACACCAACUUGUACCAUCGGCCCUCGCCCUCUCAGAGCCCACAGCCAGCGCCCUGGUCCUCCUCAGGGGCGCCGGUCUAUCAGCAUCAGCAAUCCCCCUACAGCACGCCUACAUAUGGCUCCCCUUACAGCUCCCCACAACAUCAAGUCCAGCCGCAACCUCAGCAGCAACCCCAACCUCAACCUGGGCACCAGCAAUACGUCUUCCCAAUUAACUCUCCGACCAUUCCCAGCAUGCCCUACCAUCACCAGCAACAACCGCAGCAGCCGCAAGUCGUUUUCCGGCCCUACCACACGAAAAACCCGCUCACAAAGCAGAUAGAGAUUACCCUUGAAGGUCCACGCCCUCGCAGCAACUCGCCUGUGCACACCCAACACCCCCAGGGUCCACUCUACAUGGCCACCAGCCCGUCACCCAGCUCCCCGUCGAGAGGCAUUACAAUUAGUGGAUCUCCAGGACCCGCAGCUUUCCACCCUGUCCUGUACAGGCCGCGGCCCGCCUCCUCUCCUCAACCGGGCCAGUCAGCAUACACCUUUAAAAUUAAAGUGUCCCCUGGGGGGCAGGCUCAGAGGCCAUCGAGCUCGCCCCCUGUUGCAGAAGCGGAGUCUAUUCUCAACAUGGUAGAUCAAGGGGAACACAAUGCCACCGCACCCAUCCUGCCCAUUUCUGCUCUGCCAGGGAACAUCGCUAGUCAGUUUCAGCAGCUGCCGCGACGUUCAAGCUCAGGCUCCGAUGACUAUGCUUACACACAAGCGCUUUUGCUCCAUCAGCGGGCGAGGAUGGAGCGUUUGUUGAAGGAGCUGAUGCUGGAGAAACAAAAACUGGAGCAGCUGAAGGCAGAUGUCAAUAACAUGGAAUACGAAGCCCUUCAAAGGCGCUUUCGACGAGUCAACGCAACAAAUCUUAUACCCAAACCUGAAGAAAUGACCGUACUCCGGAAUCAGAACAGACAGCUGCAGAUUGAUAUUGACUGCACACUGAAGGAGACGGAUCUACUGCAGUCCAGAGGGAAGUUUGAUCCCAAAGCAAUGAGCAACUUCUAUGACAACAUUCAGCCUGGUCCAGUGGUGCCAUCCAACACUGUGAGGAAAGAAUGGGAACAGGCCUCCAAGCCAGUGCCGGCGGCCCCGAGAGACGAGGACUUUGAAGGCGCUGAGUGGCAUUGUGAGAGCUGCACCUUCCUGAACCACCCUGCACUCAACCGCUGCGAGACGUGCGAGAUGCCACGCCACAGCUAAACGGAGCACUGUGCUGUCCCACCUCUCCCUGCCCCACUCCUCGGACACCCUGAGCCACGACCUUUCAGCCCUCCUACCCCCGCCGUCAAUCAGUAUACAAGUUCCUUCUACCUGCUGAGGAAGAGCCACUAUCCCCACCUCCCUCUGAUCACGUCUGUCAUCGACUGCUGUGCACUAUGAAGUUGUUUUUUGUUUUUUUUAGAUUUCUUUGACAGAUGAUGAAUAUCUUUAGCCUUUUUCAAAUUCCUGUCUUGGCAAMAUGUCUAAAAACGGGACGCAAAUCACUGCAACCGAGUGAAACCGGCUUUGCAGAAGUCAAAGCAGCGUAAGGAUUGAGGAGAACGGGCUUUGGUUUACCAAGAGAACAUUCCACGCAGAAGUAAGUGACUGCCUUGUUUACAUUGUGCCCAUCACUGAACUGAAAAUAGAGGCACUUUAUUUCCAAGACUUCUGACUGUCUUACCGACCGCAGAACAAUGAUCAGAAGUGGCGUAUACAUUAUUGUAACUAAUGCGAAAUGUAGACUGUACACUGUACCUGGCUCUGUGUGAGAGCUCGUUUCACUGAAAGAACACUAAAGACACUCGCAUACGAGUAUAUUCCUUGUACUUCUAUGCAUAUUAUGCCACCAUGUAUUAUGUGUUCAAAAGAUGUGGAUUUCCUGUGCAAAUGCCUCAACUUGCUGUACCUAAUAAAAGAGCUGAUUCUAAGUGACUUGACAACGCAGA